AUGAACAGACAAGUCUGUAAGACCUCAGGCAGCGCGAGCCAGGGCUUCUCUGGCCACUCAGCCGUGGUCUCUGGCAGCAGCCGCAUGAGCUGUGUGGCCCGCACUGGGCGCUCUGGUGGAGGAGCCUGUGGUUCCCAUAGUGGAGCAGGUGGCUUUGGCAGCCAUAGUCUCUACAACUUGGGUGGAAACAGGAGCAUUUCCUACAGUGUGGCUGGUGGUUCCAGGGGUGGCUCCUUUGGUUUUGGUGGUGGCCGAAGUGGCUGCGGAGGUGGCUUUGGAGGAGGCAGAGGAGUAGGAGGUGGCUUUGGAAGGGUUGGUGGCUUUGGAGGGGCUGGUGGCUUGGGUGGCUUUGGAGGGGCUGGUGGUUUUGGACCUGGUGGCUUCCCUGGUGGGAUCCAAGAAGUGACUGUCAACCAGAGCCUCCUACAACCCCUCAAUGUGGAGAUUGACCCCCAGAUUGGGCAGGUGAAGACCCAAGAGAAGGAGCAGAUCAAGACCCUCAACAACAAGUUUGCCUCCUUCAUUGACAAGGUGAGGUUCCUGGAACAGCAGAACAAGGUCCUGGAGACCAAGUGGAAUCUGCUUCAGCAGCAGGGUGUCAACUCUGUCACAGGCACCAAUAACCUCGAGCCCCUCUUUGAGAGCUACAUCAGCAACCUUCGGAGGACUCUGGAAGGGCUCCAGGGGGAGCGUGGGAAACUGGAUGGGGAGCUGAGUAGCGUGCAAGAGCUGAUGGAAGACUUCAAGAGGAAAUAUGAAGAUGAGAUCAACAAACGCACAGUGGCAGAGAAUGAAUUUGUUGGGAUCAAAAAGGAUGUGGAUGCUGGUUAUAUGAACAAGGUUGAGUUGCAGUCCCGUGUGGAUGGCUUGACAGAUGAGCUCAACUUCCUGAGAGUUCUCUAUGAAUUGGAGUUGUCUCAGAUGCAAAGCCAUGUCAGUGACACCUCUGUGAUACUCUCCAUGGAUAACAAUCGCUGCCUUGACUUGGAUGGAAUCAUUGCUGAGGUCAAGGCUCAAUACGAGGAGAUCACCCUGAAGAGCAAGGCAGAGGCUGAGAGCAUAUACCAGACCAAGCUUGGAGAGCUGCAGACCACAGCUGGCAGGUACGGCGAUGACCUGAAGACCACCAAGAGUGUAAUCAUGGAACUCAACAGGACAAUCCAGAGAUUGCGAGCCGAGAUUGAGAAUGUCAAGAAACAGAAUGCCAACCUGCAGGCAGCCAUAGCUGAGGCUGAGCAGCGUGGGGAACUGGCCCUUAAGGAUGCCCAGGCCAAGCUCCAGGGACUGCAGACUGCCCUGCAAAAGGCCAAGGACGACCUGGCCCGCCUGCUGCGGGACUACCAAGAACUGAUGAAUGUGAAGUUGGCCCUGGAUGUUGAGAUUGCCACCUACAGGAAGCUGUUGGAGGGAGAGGAGUGCAGAAUGUCAGGAGAGUGUCAGAGCACUGUGAGCAUCUCCAUGGUCAGCAACGUUACCAGCAGUAACAGCAGUGGUGGUCUUGGUGGAAGCCGUGGUGGCUUUGGAGGAGGAAGUGGAAGUUUUGGUGGUACCACCAGUGGCAGCUAUCACAGUAGUGGAGGCAACAUUUCUGGGAGCCGAGGGAGUGCUUCUGGGAGUCGAGGGAAAGUUUCUUGGAGCCAAGCUGGUGCUGGUAGCAGCUCAGGCGGCAUCCAGACCUCUGGAAGUGGAGGAUACAGCUCCGGGAGCCGAGGCAGUGCUGGUAGCAGCUCAGGCGGCAUCCAGACCUCUGGAAGUGGAGGUUACAGCUCCGGGAGCCGAGGCAGUUCCAGCAUUCAAGUGUCCCAGACCAGCUCCAGCCAGCGCUGGAAGUAA